ACCUCUCAUAUGUGAUAACGAAAUUUUAUUAACUAAAGAUGUUAUUACGCGUUCGGCGAAGAAAGCCAUCCAUAUCAAAUAUAACAAAAAUGGGUUCAAAGAAGGAAAAACAACUGCCGGAAGAUGUACUUUUCAGCGACAUCUUCACAAAACUCUCCGCUAAAUCCGUUCUCGCUCUAAAACCCGUGAAAAAAUCUUGGUACUCUUCCAUAAAAAACCCUGAAUUCGUGGAUCGAUUCCUCGCUAACUCCUUCAAUCGCCCCGAUGGAACCUCUUUGUUGUUGACAACACACGACCAGGCCUCCGGCCAGCAGUACUUCAUCUCGUCGACCACCGAUGAAAGACUCGACAGCCGCCCCGUUUGUUUGCUGUCUGUGUUGGAAACUGGUGCUGAGCUUUCUGUUUCGCAGAAUGUUAAUGGUAUGUUUCUUGUUCAUACUCGGCCCCACGAGACUUUUUAUCGAGACCGUGUUGAUGAUGUUUAUGUGUUUAAUCCGAGUACUAGAGAGUAUUUGUCACUGCCCCCUUUGCCUAAUCGUGCUAGUAAGACAUGGCCUGGGAGUAAUAUGAAUAUGAUUUCGUAUUUUUUCGGGUUUGAUGUGGGGAGUAAGGAUUAUAAGGUUGUGGGUGUUUGUUGUGAUGUGGGUGCUCCGGGGUUGAGGGUUGAAGGGGAAGUUGAAUUGGGGAUUUUCGGGUUGGCUGGAGGUUUGAAGGCGUGGAGGGUGGUUAAUGUGGAUGUUCCGGUGAGUUUUAACCCGUGUACACCUGGGAUUUGUGUUAAUGGCGCGAUACAUUGGUUGGUUAAGGAUAAACGGGUGAUUCUUGCUUUUGAUCUUGGUCUUGAACGGUUUCGUGUGAUUAAGUUGGGAGAUGGGAUUGGUAUUGAUACCUUGUUGGGUGAUGCUGAUGGAGAUGGAUAUGGUAAUGAUGGUGAGGAGGAGGAGGAGGAUGAUGAUGACAGGGAGGAUGAAUUUGAAGAGGAAACGAGUGUGUGGCCUUGUUUGAUUCAGGUCGGAAGUUACUUGGCUGUUUUGGAAUACGAUGAUGUUGAGUUAAGGAUGUGGGUGUUGAAGGACUAUCAGAAUGAGCAAUGGGUGAUGGAGAGCAUGGAUUAUCCGUAUGAUUGGAACUUGAUGCAUGCUCUGCCUUGUGGUAGUAGCCAUACUAGUGAGUUCUUUCUUUGCUUAAAUCACAAUACUGGUUCAUCUAUUCCGAAAAUUGUUUGUUGUGAUAUGGAAAGGAGUACUUAUAGAAGGAUUAAUUUUGUUGAACAAUUUGAAAAGAUUGAUUCCAGUACUGUAAGUGUGUCUCUUGUGGGUUGUUAUCCUGAAAACAUUAUGCCGCUGCCUAAGAUAUGACUACCUGGGAGGAGGAACUUGAAACUAUUUUGCUUGAUACUCUCUAUUAGGAAUGUGCUUAGCUCGCCUGCUUAACCUUGAAGAUGUCAUUCAGCAACGUUUUUUUGGAGGUACUGUUCGUAUGUUUGUUAAUAUUGCCUUUUGAGCUAAUUGAUGGUAUGCAACUCAGAGUGUAUGUGAAAGCUUAUAGUAGCCUGAUAUGUACCUCUUGUAUGUUUGUUAAUAUUAUGCUUGUAUUUUGUGGAAGUAAUGUGGUUACUGCUGUUUUCUAUU